AUGAGCCCUCACGCCGCCUCCUCCUCUGGCGAAAAAACGCCAUCGGCAAACUCGGCUAUCGACGCCCAGCUGGCUCACAUUGUCAAGGCUAACCCUUUCGGCAUCUCCGCAGACCCCCAUGUGUUGAAGAACAGUGUGUACUCAAGCGCUGCCACGGUCAUCUCACAGACUGUUUACGCUUUGGCGGACUCGAUUUUUUCGUACGAGACUCCUGGUGCAGGCAACUUGGCCGAUGCUCACUUGCUGCUCUGGGCCACCACCUUCAAGAGGCUGAACGCCUUGGGUGCUGUGCCACUCUUUCACCGCUUGGAGCCCCGCCUGGGUGCGGCUAAUGCCAUCUUCGGAUUUGCAAGCCAGGCCUCCGGGUCCCAGGCACCAUUCACGGCUGUUUUGGGUGCCUCUGCCUUGUCCUACAUGCAGCCAGCGCUUGCCUCCUCCAAACCAGCCCCAUUAAGCUUGAACGUCAGCGCCAUUGAUUACGACACCACUGCUGGUGCUUUAGUCUCCAACUACGCUGGCCCGGUUGCUGUGGCACGCAAGUUAGGCCUCCCCGUGGUGUCCCCGGUUAGCUACGAGGCCACAGACUUGCAGUACUCCGUCGUGCUCAACCACUUCUUGGCCGCGUUGACUGGCGCGCCCUCUGUUCAUUUGUUCGACGGGCCUGAGUUUGCCCGUACCUUCCAGCACUUCGACUCCGUGUUGUCCGUGGCUGACAUCGGCCGUUUGUACGAGCAGUUGCUCGGCUCCGGCGCCGCCAAACCAGCCAAUGUGGACCAUGCCUUGGAAGUUGCAUUUGACACUUUCAACGCUGUUGCUGGCACGUCAAUCGCGCCCUUCGAGUACGAGGGUCACGCCGAGCCAGAGACUGUGUUUGUCGUGCACGGCGCCCAUGAGGCUACCCAGGUCUCGGCGCUCGUGGCCAAGGCUAAGACCUCUGCCACCACGCGUGUGGGUGUUGUUAAGGUGAGAGUUCCUUUUCCUUUUGCUCAGCACAAGUUCGCCGCUGCUAUCCCCGCGUCCACGCGUAAGGUUGUUGUGUUGCUGCCCGAACUGUCUGCUGCAUUGAAGGCCGAUGCCACUGCAGCAUUGUUCCUCACGGGCCGUUUUGCUGGCCUUCUUGUGGAUGAGUUCGCGUACCCUGCCACCUUUGUGUGGUCCCCUGUCAGCGUCUACAUGACCCUUGGUGCAUUUGUACCUGAGCUUGAGCACGCUGUUGUGUUGGGCUCUUCGACAAGUUCCAACGCCAUCAGUGCUGAGAACGUCACGGCUUUCACGUCGCCAGAGGGGUCUUAUAUGUUCUGGACAAGAGACAACAGCGAUCUCGCUGCCACUGCUGAUAAGUUGGCUCUCUCGCUCUCUUUGGACAGCUCAAAACGGGUCAGCAUCAGAAACAAGUUUGACACAUCAGUCAGUGGUGGAGUUUUCCAAUCUCUGAUUGUAUCUAGAGCCAAGGACUCUGUAGCCUCUUCUGUGGUUGAUGCUGCCGAUGUGGUCUUGAUUGAGAGCGCCUCUAUCUUGAAUCACUUUGAUGUCUUGGCAACCGCCAAGCCUGGUGCAACCGUGUUGUUGGUGAACGAGAAGAAAAUCACCAACUCUGUGGAGGCUGAUGUCGUUGAGAAGUUGCCUGCUACUUUCAGAAGUGCUUUGGCUACCAGUCACCUCAAAUUAGUAGUGGUAGACUUCUCCAUCGUGGAAGAGUUAGACGCUGUAAGCGACUCCACCAAAGGUUUUUCUGCUGAUUUCUUGGCCCAGGUUGGGUUUUGGAGAGCCUCUUUUCCGGAGUUGGGGUCAUUUGUUAUCAACAAAUUGUUGCAAGGAAACGGUAACGACUUUGAAUUAUUGGCUGCUGUCUUGGACAAAUUUGUUGCCACUGUUGACGAGAAGCUGGGCUUGAAGGCUGUGAAUGUCCUUCCAGAGUGGAUCGACUUGAAGAACGAAGCUGAAAAGGAAGAAGCUGAGAAGAAGGAGGAUGAAGAAGAGAAAGAGGAGAUUGAAGAGAUAAUGUUGCCAUUUUUCCCGACCGAAACCUCUUUCUUCCCAAACUCCAGAACUGAGCCACCUUCCACCGAGGAAUCAUUCCAUUUAGGAACUUCUGACGUUGCAACAAAAUUGGCCUUCCCAGAAGCAUACGGUGUGACUAGGGAGUUGAGACCAGACUUGCCUGUCAAAAACUUUGUGGUCAAGGUGCAAGAAAACAAGAGAUUGACACCCAAUGAAUACUCAAGAAACAUCUUUCACAUUGAAUUCGAUGUCACCGGCACCGGUUUGACUUACGACAUUGGUGAAGCGUUGGGUAUUCAUGGACGUAACAACAGCACUGAGGUUGAGAAAUUCUUGGAGUUUUACGGCGUGGAUGGUGAUACUUUGAUCGAGGUUUCCAACAAAGAUGACCCAACUUUGCUUGAAAUCCGCUCCGCCAGACAAGCUUUGGCCGACAACGUUGAUUUCUUGGGUAAGCCACCAAAGAGAUUCUACGAAUCGUUGGCCCCUUUUGCUGCGGACGAGAACGAAAAGGCUGCUUUGGAGAAGUUGGCCUCUUCUGCUGGAGCUGAAGAGUUAAAGAAGAGACAAGACGUUGACUUUGACUCGUACGUGGAUAUUUUGGACGAGUUCAAGUCCGCACGCCCUUCUUUCGAUGCCUUGGUUAAAAUCAUCGCGCCUUUGAAGAGAAGAGAGUACUCGAUUGCCUCAUCUCAAAAGAUGCACCCCAACGCUGUUCACUUGUUGAUUGUUGUUGUCGAUUGGGUUGAUUCUAGGGGCAGAACCAGAUACGGACACUGCUCGAAGUACUUGUCUGACUUGAGCAUUGGAGACGAGCUUGUUGUAAGCGUCAAGCCAUCCGUGAUGAAGUUGCCUAAGCUUCCUGAGCAGCCAAUUGUAAUGUCCGGCUUGGGUACUGGAUUGGCUCCCUUCAAGGCGUUCAUUGAGGAGAAGAUCUGGCAACAGGCCCAAGGUCAGACUAUCGGAGAGAUCUACUUGUACAUGGGUUCAAGACACAAGAAGGAGGAAUAUCUUUACGGUGAAUUGUGGGAGGCGUACAAGGCGGCCGGUAUCUUGACGCACAUUGGAGCAGCCUUCUCUCGUGACCAGCCCGAGAAGAUCUACAUUCAGGACAAGAUCCGCGGCUCCAUUGAGGAGUUGACGGACGCCAUUGUUACCAAGAACGGCUCGUUCUACUUGUGUGGGCCUACGUGGCCUGUCCCCGACAUCACCGCGUGUUUGGAGGACAUUGUGCAGAAUGGAGCCAAGAGACAAGGCACGGAGAUUUCGGACGUCGCCAAGGUUGUGGAGGACAUGAAGGAGGACGGCAGGUACAUCUUGGAGGUCUAUUAG